CGGCGGCGCGCGCAGCUCCCCUCGCGUUGCGGAAGGAUGGAGGAGCUGAGUCAGGCCCUGGCUAGCAGCUUUUCUGUGUCUCAGGACCUGAACAGCACAGCUGCCCCGCACCCGCGCCUGUGCCAGUACAAGUCCAAGUACAGUUCCCUGGAGCAGAGUGAGCGGCGCCGGCGGUUACUGGAGCUGCAGAAAUCCAAGCGGCUAGACUACGUCAAUCAUGCCAGGAGGCUUGCUGAAGAUGACUGGACAGGGAUGGAGAGUGAGGAAGAAGACGAUGACGAAAUGGACGUUGACACAAGCAAGAAGCUGCCAAAACGCUAUGCUAACCAGUUGAUGCUCUCUGAGUGGCUGAUCGACGUCCCUUCAGACCUGGGGCAGGAAUGGAUUGUGGUCGUGUGUCCUGUUGGAAAACGAGCCCUUAUCGUGGCCUCCAGGGGUUCCACCAGCGCCUACACCAAGAGUGGCUACUGUGUCAACAGAUUCUCUUCCCUUCUGCCAGGAGGCAACAGGCAGAACUCCACAACAGCCAAAGAUCAUACCAUUCUGGACUGCAUUUACAGCGAGGUGAAUCAGACCUACUAUGUUCUGGAUGUGAUGUGCUGGCGGGGCCACCCUUUCUAUGACUGCCAGACUGAUUUCCGGUUCUACUGGAUGCAUUCCAAGUUACCAGAAGAAGAAGGGCUGGACGAGAAGACCAAGCUCAACCCUUUUAAAUUCGUGGGACUGAAGAAUUUCCCUUGCACGCCUGAGAGCCUGUGUAAGGUGCUGUCCAUGGAUUUCCCUUUUGAGGUAGAUGGACUUCUCUUCUACCACAGGCAGACCCACUACAGCCCCGGAAGCACGCCCCUGGUGGGCUGGCUGCGCCCCUACAUGGUGUCAGACGUCCUUGGAGUGGCUGUGCCGGCUGGCCCGCUGACCACCAAGCCCGAGUAUGCUGGGCGGCAGCUCCAGCAGAUCAUUGAGCACAAGAGGAGCCAGAAGGAGGGCGUGCAGGAGGAACUCCCACACAAGGCCCCUGAGAACGGGCGCUACGAGUUGGAGCACCUGUCCACGCCCACGCUGGAGAGCCCUCCCCUUAACCCAGACGGCCCUGGGAGCCUCAUGGAGAACUGAAGGCAGCCCCAGGAUGGCUUCCGGCCGGGACUGCAGCAGGUGCCUUUUGGGAGACUGGGCUUCCUGAAGCCGUUCGGGUGGGAGCUGCCUGUCCCCCGUCUGAGAUGCCAGCGCGGCGGGGGCGGGGAGGCCCCAAGUGAGUGUCACUGAUUGUCUGCCCAGAUCCGCGAUGUGAAUAUAGGUGAUUCUUCAGACCGGA